AUGUCAGACUCAGAAGUGCCUCCACAUAUUGAAGAAGAUGGCGUUUUGGACAACCCAUUAAGAGCCAUUAUAGUGAUAAACUCACCUGAUGUUCCAGAAGGUGAGAUGCAAGAACGUUUACUUGACACCAUUCAAAGUUUUGAUGAUAUGAACAAAUUUUUCGAUAAAUUUGAUGAGAUUGUUGCUAUUCCUAACGAAGAACAUAUCAAGUAUGAGGUCGGAAGUGAUGGUAUGGUUGUGGUUAUUGUAGACUCCAAGGAAUUACAAGAGAAGGCAUUAACUUUCAUUGAUGAGUAUGUAGGAAAGGAAACAAGUCCAGAAAAGCAAGAAGAAGAAGAAGAAGAUCAACAAGUAUCGAAAAAGAAGAGAGUUUAA